AUGACAGCCUCUUUCUGAAGGUCACAAAUAAAAGCUUCCCACAGAAGCUGGCUCUUAAGUUCCUGCCAAAAUGGCCGCCGCAGUCUCUGCUGGCUUUUGAGCGUUUGUUGUUUUUUUUAAAAGAGAAGAGAGAAUCUGUUUUUUUUUUUGAUUUAAUAUUCUUCUUUUGCUCUUGCCUUGAAUGCCUCAACUUGCUGGAUCCUUGCACUGCUGCACUUUAUGAGAGAUAAGGAAGAAGAAAAGGAAGAACAGUUAAUGGAAGAAAAGAAAAGGAAAAAAGAGGACAAGAAAAAGAAAGACGCCACUCAGAAGGUUACAGAACAAAAAACCAAAGUGCCCGAAGCGACGAAGCCAAGCUUAAGCCAGCCUCCAACUGCCACCUCAGUUGGCAGUGUUUCCACACCAGCCGGCAACGGUGGUAACAAUGCCAAAAGGGCGGUGGCCACCAACGGCCAGCCACAGAACGCCGCCCGCUAUCUGCCCCGUGAGGUGCCUCCUCGAUUUCGCCAGCAAGAGCACAAAGUGUUACUAAAACGUGGUCAGCCCCCUCCGCCUUCCUGUGGACUUCUUGGAGGUGGGGCGGGGCCUCCUGGGUUGCCAGGAUCAAACCCCGGCACUGCACAACCAUUGACGCAACCCAACGGUCCACUGCAGCACGGCAGUACACCAGUGGACACAAACUCUGGGGGUGCUGGUUCAAAUUAUGCAAAUUCUGCUUGGGGUUCUGGAUCAUCCAGCACUGACCUCAACCACGGCUGGGAUAAGUUAAUCGUAGACGGGUCUGAUAUGGAGGCUUGGCCUUGCAUCACAGGCAGAGACUCUGAGUCAGCUUCGGAACACGUAGAUAACGAAGGUGCCUCAAACCUUGGCUCUGAGAAGAGCCUGCCACCUGGAAGUGGCGCUGCCAGGAAUUGCAAAGGAGCUGCAAACCAGUUCGCUGCUGGGAGCGGAAAGAAUGAAUGUAAAUUGGGGGCCUGGAACAUGGGCCUUGUGCCUAAACCCAGUCACGCAUCUUCCAUCUCUUCGGAGAGCAAAGACGGACUUAACAAUUGGAAAAACUUGAGCAGCCCUGAUGGAGCUGGCCUUGGGUUGACCUUGAACCCAAAUAUCAACCCAUCGGCCUGGCCAGUAUUGGGCCAGGAGGGCACUUCUGGAAAAGGUACUUUGGAGACGGACAUUUCGAGCUCCAGUGCACAACUUAGUGCAGUAGGUCAAAGCCCUAGGGAUCAGGAUGGUACUUCUACAAGCGCCUGGGCAAAACAGUCUAAAACGGAAAAUGCGGGUGUUACAUGGAAUGCUUCUGUUGGAGAACAGCCUCAAGCUCUUAACACUGAUGGACCAAAUAAUGGCGACACUAACUCUUUGAAUGCAAGCUCACAGAGCACCGGGAACCCUUUGCAAAAUAAGGGAGUGUCUGAAACAACAGGGAAUGGGACCUGGAGCAUGCCCUUAGGAAUGGGUUUGGGAAACCCCUUGGUAUUGAAUCAAUCUGUGAGCACUGAAGCCUCAUCCGAAGGCAGUAUUAGAGGAACUAUGGAGGGACGGGCAACUGGGGGUUCUUGGAAUACAGUUUGGGGAUCUUCUGGAACCGAUUCCAUUUCUGGACAAAAUGGUACAGCAGCUGAUGGCAAUAAUGGACGCAGUGGCGAUGAUGCAGCAAAAAAUGGCUCUGGUAUGAAACAGUUACUGGUGAAUAGAUCAAGAACUGAAUCAUGGGACAAUAAUGGUGGAUCCUGGGACUCUGAGACACAAGACCCCAACAAAGCAAAAAAUUGGGGUAAAGGGAACAGAACAGCAUCUGGUAGUGCUCAGGGUUUAUGGGGUCAACAGCCAGGGACUGAUAAUCGGUCAGAAGGAGAUUGGGUUGGCUCUACUAAUGAACAGAAUUGUGGCACAGGCGGAUGGGACAAUCACAGGGUAAAUCCCCCCCCAGAAAACCAAGGAGAGAAUGCCCAAAAUUCCAGCUGGGUAAAGGCCUCUAGUUCCACUGGGAGUGACUCUGGUAGUCGAAACAACAACAAAAAAGGAGGCGCUGACAACCACCCAGGUGGACGGCGCUUAAACAAGGCUGAUCAUCCUGACCAAGAGGAAGUAUUGCAAACUGUAAUAAACAGGGCUGAUCUAGACCCAAGGGUGCUGUCAAACACUGGGUGGGGCCAAACUCAGAUAAAGCAGAACACAACUUGGGAAGUCCAGGAGUUACCCAGGAAUGAGAGGCGCACUGACAAAGGAACAGAAGGGUGGGAGAGCACUUCCACUCAGAGCACUAACUCAGGGGGCUGGGGCGAAGGGCCCAGUCAAACCAGUCGCUGCACCUCUGGGUGGGGAGAUGCUCCCCAGUCUUCAAACGUGGAGUGGAAGGAUUCAAAGGCUCCAAGUGGAUGGGUGGACCCAAAGAACAGUCAAAGUUGGGGAGGUGGAACACCAGAAGAGAAAGCACCAUCUUGGAAUGAUGGGCCUAGAACCAAGGAACCGGGUUGGGGUGCAAGGCAGCAACAAACUCAAGGAUGGCCUGCCAAUAAUGGCUGGGGUGAUGGAAGUGGACAGCCAGCUGAGCAACCAAAAACAGGUGGCUGGGACAGCUCAAACCCGAGAUGGGGUGAAAGUGGCCGUGGUGAUGUAGGAUCUUGGAGUGGUGGCAGUAGUUCUAAUACUAAUCAAAGAGGUGGGUGGGAGGACCCCACAAGACACCAGGGAUGGGGUGAGCCAUCCAAAGCAACCACUUCUAAUUGGAACAAGCAGCCAGAGGUAUCUGGUUCCUGGGGCACCGCUUCUGCUAAUAGCCGACCGUCUGGGCCAGGUUGGGGCUCGGCACCUGUGCCACCGAUGCCCUCUUCAGCUGUCCCACCUGCAACUACCCAAACUUUGCCAAAGGAGGAAGAACCUACUGGAUGGGAAGAGCCUUCGCCGCAAUCCAUCUCCCGAAAGAUGGAGAUUGACGAUGGCACCUCAGCCUGGGGUGAUCCCACUAGCUACAAUUAUAAGAAUGUGAAUCUGUGGGACAAAAACUCUAAAAAUGAUAGCUCUGGAAGUGGGCCAAUACAACGGGAGCAGAAUGCAUCAAGUGCGGUUACAGGACGAGGAUCCACAUCAAGUUCUGGUUCAAAAUCAGUGCAGGAUGGAUGGGGAGGUGGCGAUCGACCUACUGUGGCAAAUACUCGUCCCCCAAGCUGGGAAGAAGAUGAUGAUAAUUCAAUGGGCCUGUGGAACAGUACUGGAACUCAGGAGAGUAGUUCACCCUACAACUCAGCUAACUGGACCUCAGGCGGGAAGAAAAUUCACAAGGGCUCCAUGAAAGGUGGGAACAAUGACACAUGGAUAAACCCCCUCUCUUCGCAAUUUUCCAAAAUGGGAUUACUGAGGGAGUCUUCCGAAGACAGCGUUGGUAACAAAAUGGACUUAACUGUUGGUGGUCUACCAGACAAAAAGCUGGAAUCUGAUAAACGUGGCAUGAACAUGGAUUACAAUGGAAUGAUGAGAAAGGAACGUUCUGGAUUCCGGCCAUCAAAUUCCAAAGAUUCGCCCACCACAGACAGUGGACCCUACUUUGAGAAGCUGACUUUGCCUUUCUCCAAUCAAGAUGGGUGCCUGUCUGACGAGGCACCUAACUCGCCCUUCUCCCCUCCUCCAAGCUGCAAGCUGUCUCCCUCAGGCACUGCUCUACCCACCGCCAGCCUCGGCUGCAUCGGCUCUGGUCUUAACAUGCAAAACCUAAACGCUAGACACAAUGGCAAUCAUGGUUUAUUUGGCAGCAGCACAGCACAAUCCAGAGGUGUGCACACGCCUCAGGUGCAGUCCAUGAAUUCAUCCCAGCCUAACCUUCGGCCUCAAGUGCCUCCGCAGUUCCUGCCCCCCCCUCAGGUUCCUGCCCCCAUGUUGAAGCAUACCACUCCGAAUGGUGCCCUGAACCCAGCCUUGUUUAGCCUUGGUCCUCAACUAACCCCUCAACAAAUAGCUAUGCUCAGCCAACUCCCUCAGCUCCCACAGCUACAGUUGGCUUACCAGCUGUUGCUUCAACAGCAACAACAGCAGCAAGUGCUGCAAAACCAACGGAAGCUGUCUGCCGCAGUCCGACAACAACAAGAACAGCAACUUGCCCGCAUUGUUAAUGCCCUGCAGCAGCAACAACAGCAACAACAGCAGCAUCGACACAACAAUACCCCUGGGAUGAAGCAUUCUCCGUCACAUCCCGGCAUGCCCAAGCAACACCUGGAUAAUGUUGUGCCUAGUUCUCUUCCCACUGGCCUUCCAGACUUCCAGACCAAAGGACAGAUUCAGCCAGGCUACCCAAUGGGCAUGGGCUCAAACAUGAACGUAAACCAGUUAGAUGUCAACAGUAUUGUUGGAAUGAAAGAACCUCAAUCGCAGCAAUCACGGCUCAAGCAGUGGACAACCAUGGAUGGUCUCUCUCCUGCCACUCCACCACCAGAUCACAACCCCCUGAAAAAUGGUGCUAUUUCGAGCGGCAUGGCACCACCGGUGAAGCCUCGAGAUAGUUUGCCCUAUUAUGAAAUGAUAGCAGGUGAUUCCUUGGCCAGCCAUUCUGGCCCUACGAGUGAUAACUGGUCCACCCCUAAGCUCUCAAAUGGUUCCAGCGGCUCCAGUUGGCCUCCAGAGUUCCGCCCUGGGGAGCCAUGGAAGGGUUUCCAAAACAUUGACCCCGAAUCGGAUCCGUAUGCGACCCCAGCGAGCAUGAUAAACAGCUCUGCAGCACCCCCAUCCCCAGAUUCGGAACACCAACUUCUCAGGGACAGGAACACAGGAUCCAGUUCCUCCCUGAACACCUCGCUGCCUUCACCCGGUGCCUGGUCCUAUAGUGCCUCAAACAGCUCCUACAGCACCGUACCGAGCACUUCAGCCAAGUUCAGUGACUUCAAGUCGACGUGGUCUCCAGAUCCAAUUGGACAUCCCAGGAUGUGGAAAAAUCAGAUGUCAUCUAAAAACACUAACCCGCCAACACGGCCACCACCAGGACUGACUAAUCAGAAACCUCCGUCAUUUCCGUGGGGAAGCGGAACGCCCCGGUUCAGCAGAGGAUGGGGCAUGCAAGAGUCACGAUAUGCCCUUAGUUCCAACUGGAGUGAUGGCAAUUCGGGUGGAUCUGGCCGAGUCAGCUCCUGGCUUGUUCUUCAUAAUCUCACUCCCCAGAUUGAUGGCUCCACUCUCCGAACAAUCUGCAUGCAGCAUGGGCCGCUGAUAACAUUCCACCUGAACCUGACGCACGGCACCGCAUUGGUCCGGUACAGCACCAAACAAGAGGCUGCCAAGGCCCAGACUGCGCUGCACAUGUGUGUGUUGGGGAACACUACCAUCCUUGCUGAGUUUGUCAGUGAAGAGGAAGUCAACCGCUAUUUUGCACAAGGUCAGUUAUCGACACCUUCCCCAGGCUGGCAGACGCUGGAGACAGGACAGAGUCAGAUGGAUCCAGUGGGGAGCAGCCUGCAUUCGUUUGGAGGCCGGGCCAGCCUGGGACAGUGGAACAGUGCCGGAGGAGUGGGCAGGGGUAGUGGGAACUUGGCGGGAGCUUCGCUCUGGGCCACCCCGAGCUACACGGCAAGCUUGUGGGGUGCCCCGAAUUCUGACGAUUCGCACCGAAUGGGCAGUCCAGCGCCCCUACUACCUGGUGACCUCCUGGGUGGAGGGGCUGAUUCAAUUUGAACUUUUAAGCUUUCAACCUUUGACCUGUGACCUCGUGAACUUUUUUGAACAGCAGCACUAAUGUGUUUUUUUUCAAACUGCAAUAAGUUUCAAGACAAGUUUAAAGAAAAAAAAGGAGAAAAAAAAGAAAAAAGUGAAACAAAUUAAGGGGGUCAUCCACAGUCUCUUUUGUGCACAUAGACACCUCCCUCCUAAUUUUCAGCUACUUUUUUUUAAUCAAAAAAAACUAAAAAACUAAAAACUAAAAAAACAUAUCACACUUCAAAAUACUUGAAUCAUGAACGCCAACAUUAAAAAUGUGAAGUACACUUUACCAUCACACAAUAAAUAAGUUUUUUAAAAAGGUAGUAUAGUUUUUUUCCUUACAUGAUUUCCCCCCCCCCCUCCGUAUUGAGAAGUUGUUGCAACAGGAUAUUUACUGAAAACACAAACAGGCUUUUUAAAAUCUCUUUUUUUUUGCACUGGGCACGUUUCUGUCCUCUGACAUGCAAUAGCGGAGACGCAGCAGAACCUCACGUAUUCAAGCUAGUGAUUGACCAGGACGGAUAUCGAGCCUCGCAGUCACUUAUUAGAUGUACAAUUUACAGGCUAUUACUAUGCACCCGUACCAUUGCUAUAUGUGCCAGCCUUCAGGGCUGGGCUGCAGCAGUUACCAAUGUCAGACCUGCAUUGUGGGAUGGUGUGGGGUUGGAAUUUAGAACAGAUUCUUAAACUGCUCCCCUGAUAACUAAAUAAACCACCAGGACCACUACUAAAUCACACUGACCAGAGAAGUUCCACUUGAUUUCUGGUCAGUGCUGAAUUAGCUUAUUUUUUUCAGCCACAGAGGCUGUUAUCUUAGGGCUUAAAUUGAUGUUCAUUGGCCCCUCCACCACUGUAUACAAGCUGGUCAGAGGGUCAGAAAGAAAUCAUUCGUAGUUUCCAUUUGUACGUGUGGCUUUCCGGUGUGGUCAGGGUCAAACAAAGCUGCAACGGCCUCUGCGGUUGAAUACCCUGCCCACAUUCGUUGUCUAGGGUCAGGAAUGAAUAAUAGCUGCUUGGGCAAGGUUGCAAAGGGCUGUUAAAUUAUUGGCCCAGCAUGACUGAUAAUCUUAAGGAGGGGGAAAAAUGGCAUCUCAAGAGCAUCAACCUCCAUCUGCUUCUAGAAGUGUGGAGAGUGGUAUUUUGUGUCAUAGGUGCCUCUGGUUGAUUAAGGUUCUGGGCAUAACUUGGGUUAUCGCUUCCCAGAGUUAGUCUUUUAAUCCAAGGAGAUGCUGUUCCACUCCAAUUUUGCCCAUUGCCUUCUUUGUCUAACCAAAGGUUGUCUUAACACAUUUCAGUUGAUAAUUAAGAUGUUCCUAGCCCUUUGCUACAAUGCUGCUUCUUUUGUGCUCUAUUCAGUUUGGUUACCGUAUUUUUCUGCAGAAGAUUUGUAACACAUCCAGUGAUAGAUAGCAAGGCACAAUCUUGCGCCGAUGAAGAUAGUACCACACUGCUUAUAGUGUCAUUUCAUCACCUAUAGCUGGUGCUGUUUACCAUGCGCCACAGGUUAGCGUUGCAGUAGUAUCUUUAUUUCCUUCUCUCUCUCUCUCUCUCCCCCCCCCCUCUCUCUCUCUCUCUGUUCCCCUCUCCCCCCCCCCCCCCCUCUCUGGGCUAUGCUGCCCUCUGAAUGCUACACUCUAAUGACAUAAGCACUUAAAAACAAUGUAGGUUAGAAAAGUUAGUGUAGAGGUUUUCAAGGUAAAUGUACAUGUUGCACUCAGUUUCAAAGUGUAGAGGGGGACUUGCAUUGUGUACUGUAACAAGCUUUAUCAUUUUGUAAACUGGGGGGAUUCCUGGCGGGUCAGUCAUUUCCCUGCCCCCUCCCCCUUGAGGUAUUUCAAAACACUUAGCUAAUCCAAUGAAGGUGUUGCCGUAAUUUAAUAAAAAUAACUCCUUUGAAAAUAGUCCUCCCUCCUUUUGUAUAUGUUUUGUGUUUUUUUAAUCUUUGAGCAGAAAUGUAGCUUUCCAAUUGGCUUGGCUGGCUUGAGCCUUCCUCCCUCCGUUCACCUGGACUGCCUGUAAAUUGACACUUUCACAAAAUGCUUGUGGCCACCCACAAAGCCUCAUUGGCACAAGCCUGCAAAAUUGGUUUACAGCCAGCUGUUUACAUCCCACAGUCCCCGGCAUCUCCACUCUUAACAAAACCUUCUCUGUAACUGCACAGGGAUUUUGGAAUAGGACCGAGCUCUGGGGACAACCUUGCUUAUGGCUACAAUAACGCUUGCUGUGCGCAACUCACUUUCCUUUCCUUAAACCACGCAGGUUAUUUCUUUGAAAUUACGGUCCAUCUGUGACAGCAAGACAUUCUGUGGCCAUUCUGUGUACUUGCUGACCUGAAGUAUGCAAACAAAUGUUGCUGCAAACCUAGGUUUAAGGUUACAUCAAACUGUGUAGGAAUAGCUUUAGCAUAUUAUUUUGUUUACACCAAACAUUGAGCAUGUCUGCAUGCGUAUGCAGAGCAAUGAUGCACGUGCAUUAAGGGAUCACAGCUGGGACUCUUAAGCAGACCUGGCGUGGCCACAGCAUCGAACAAAAUGUCCAAUAUAAACUUUAAAGAUACUGAAAGUGUAUUUCUUUAAAAUGUUACAUCAGGCGCAUUUAAUGAGUGGGUGUGUGUCUGUCUCCUGUCCAAUUUCAAUUAGUGACAUUAUUGCUGAUUUCACCCACUCUUGAAAUCAAAUAAUUCAAUCAAUUGUAUUGAGUGUACAACAGUUGCGCUGGAAACUGGCACACAUCCUUAAUAAUAUAUCUAAAAACACACACACACACACACACACACACACCUCAAUAGGUAGCCGACUAUUUCAGUCGUGCUGCUGUACAGGCUGGUACUGGGUCUCAAUGAAUGGUGGAUAAAAGCCGAACGCAGAGAGGAGUAUCAGUACCUUUGUUCACUGGUCGAUCACUAUAUAAAAUUUAUAAACGUUUACGUAUGAAUGUUCUUUAGUAGUUUAAAAGCAGUUUGUGCUUUCCUUUAUUUCCUCCCAUUCAUGUUUUAAGCCCACGGGUGAAUCUAGUGAGAAAAGCAUUUACUUGUUUAGGAAACUAUAUAUAAAAAUGUUGUUAAUGUUGUUUAAAGUAUUGCACCUUUUUUCUGUUUUUUAAUUGUCCUCAUUGUGUUUUGCUGUAGUGUUAAUUAUUUUUCUUUAUAAACAAAGUAAAGCAUUGUAGAAUGGGUAUGAGGGAGAAGGGGCAGCAUGGUAAUGGACAAUGAGCAGUGACAAACAGUGGAGGGGAAAGGGAAGGACAUUAGUCAUUCUUUGAAUGUCUUCACCUUGAGCUUGAAGGCACGCCGCUGUCGCAUCAGUUCAGUGAUUAAAAGUAGCUGUCAUUAAAAGUUACUAUUUUAACCUACCUUCUGAUCCAACCAGCCAACCUGGAGAAAACCUUUGCCUUUCCCCCACUCAUACAUAUUGUCACUUUUGCAUUUACCAUGCUUAUCCCAUCCCUGCCCUCCUCCCCAGUUCUAGCUCAUAUAUAUAUACAAACACACACACACACACACACACACACACAUUCACCCACCCAAAUGCGCCUCACUCCUGCGUGUGCUUGCUCAUCUUCCAGCACUUUGUGGAGUGAUAAAAUUCAGAAUAUUAGGGAGGUGUCCAAGAGUUUGGCCUUGUCCUGUUUACAUAAUCUCUAGGGCUGUGUCAAAUUGAAAUAUUUUGAAGAAUCUUGCAUUUUUAAAACAAAAAAAUUGUCUAGUUUGAUUGAAUAGUCUAAUGACCUUUAGGUCUGGAAGAACGGGGAUAUUACUAAAUUGCUGGGCUGGGCACUGUAUCUGAUCCAGCCACCCUCGCUCUGUUCAUUAGUGGAGACUGGUUAUUGUACCAGUUACCUAAGGCUGCAAAAUACUUAUACUCCUCUGACUAAGGUAACGUUUAUACUGACUAAUCCAAGGUGAGGUGGAUUAGGGAGUGAUGCGACCCGUCCUCCAUCGCACUUAAUCCACAUUUCUGUUUUGAGAGUGUGGACUCUGAGAAUAAUUUAUAUGAACUGUUCUUAUACAUGAUUUUAAAUACUUAAGUUCAAAUAUUGCCGGCACAGUCCUAUAAAUUCUAUUUCCAAUGCAUUGAGAAAUCCGAAAUCAGAAAAAAAAACGUUGAACCGUUCUUCCAUCAAAACAGGAUAACAAAAGACCAAAAAUAUAUGUUUCGUAUUUUUAGAUGAAAAACUCUGGGAGCAUUUGACAGUGUUGUUUUUAUUUUAGUUUGCAUUUUCUUUUUGUUUUGCUUCUAUUAUUUUACUUCCUCCUAAAAUUUAAAGAAAGUUCUCAGGAAUUUUUAGGGGAAAAGCCAGUUCCCAAAAUGUUGUUUAUUUUUAAGAGGGAAUAAAAAAAACCUGAUGUUUGACUUUGAGAUUUAGAUUUUUAAGUCUAUUUGUUGCACCAGUUCCAAACCCGUCUAAUGACAAGAAAUUACUUAAAUAGUAAUACCUCAUAGCGUUCCUUUUGGAAUAUUUGGGUUAGAAGUAAUACGUACACACAAUUGUCAUCAUAUUCGCUUUGACUGGCAAGAACAACUCUUCUCAUCCUGGAGAAGAUGAAAGUGGAGAAAGGAAAGGGUGGGAGGGUUGUGGUGUACCCAGUGUAAUAUUAAAUCUCUGAUCAAUCCUUUUCCAAUGUGCAAAGAUCCAUUGUAAAAUGCCCUCGCCCCUCAACCUAGUAAUGGAAUCCUCCACUCAACUACGCAUGGCAACUCAAAAUGUCCUGUCCAAAUCUAUAAGCAAGCCAUUCACAGUGAGUGUGGGAACAGUUAGUCUGGAUCAGGGUGUUUAAUGUGCUGUAUUUUCACUGUAUUUCCAUAACCUGACUGAUCCAUGCUAUGACAGGGGGAGGAAAAGUGGCCAAAAAUAUUUCAAACAGGAUAAAGUAUUGUUUCAUGAAAUUAAGGGAAAUGAUUCCAAAAUAAGCACAAUUUGUUUGUACUCGUCCCCCAUUCUGUGCACCAUCCUGGCUUAUUCCAGCUUGGUAAAGGAAUUUAUUGUGCUGAUCAGCAGCCCCGGCAAUUGUUUAAACUCUUCAGGAUCCCUGUACUAUAUUACUUCAGAGAGGUGGCAAUGAGGGGAGCUCAGCGAACGGGGCCCUUUUAUAUUGCUGUUACUGCUUUAGUGUGGUGCUGUUUAAUGCUGAGGAGCAGCAUUUAAUACCGUUUGGCAGCUGAGCACUGGCACUUCACACUAAUGUAGUUAGCAGCUUGAGAUGAUCAGCAAGUGCCACUGCAGAAACCAGCCCGGCCUGAGUCUCUAGCAUUGCAUGUGUCGUGCCUCCCCAUCCCCCCAUCUCAUCCUUGCCCAUUUUAUGCAUGGAACAUUUCAAACAUAAAUAUAUCAUGCUGCAAUUUUAUUGCUUAGUUGCACAUGCCAGAAUAACAAUUAUUGUAAAAUGUCGCCUUGCUUAGAAUAAUUUGGUUGGUUUAUGUUGUAAAAGUGUUCCUUGUUUUCAUUUCUUCCCAACUGACACAAAUUCCAUUUUAGAUGUCAAUGUUGAUGGCAUUGUGGGACAGUCUUCAAACGAAUGUUAAAAGUCCCUGACAAUUGCUAAGCUGGUAUUUAUUCAGUAAGUGUAUGACCACCCUUCGCAUGUUGGACAGCAGGACUUGAAUAUUAUUAACCUCCGACCCACAGAACCGCUGCAGAUUUCAAUAUACCAACUUUGUGGAUGCAUUUAGACUGUGACGAAACAAUAGACCCGAGAGAAGCAAGAUUUGCAGAUAAACAGAACAUUUAAACACUGCUUUCAAACAAGAUAAAACACUGCUUAAAAUAAUACACAUGCUAGAACCCCACUGUACAUGGCCUAUGGAGCCAUGCAAAUGUGUGUUUAAAAUGAUCACAAUGAAGGGUAGCCUGUAAGGCUAAGUGGAGGGUAGAAAUUGUAGCUUACACACAACCCCUGCACCUUAAAUAGUGUUUCAGAUGGUGCCUAUCAUUUAUCAUCUGAACCUCUUCUUCAGAUAGUAAAUCUGCUGUCAAUUUGCAGCAUUUUCUGGUUUAUCAUAGGUUCUUAUCAUUCCUUGUUAGCUAUCCUGCUGGUUUCCCCGACAACACAGCCACUGUUUCCGUGUGUAAUUGAGUCCUGCAUAGCUUUGUAAUUGUGGUGCUUUAGGUGAGGGAAGCAGAGGUUUCACUUCCAUGUCUGCAUACAAUUGUACCCUGACCUGAAAAUAUCAGUCACUGGCAAAUUUCUGUGAAGUAAAGGGGUAGGUGUUUACAAUACUAGAUCCCAUUCAUCAGCCUGUGAACAGUGACCAUAUCCUUAGAUAUCUUAACUAUAUUAGAAAAUGUGAAUCGACCUGAGUUUCCAGUCAGUUGCUUUUCCCAGAUCAUAAUCAAUGUGGAGAAACUCAGCUCACAUUGACCUUUGUAGAGGGGUUGGGAAAAAGAUGCAAAAUCUGCCGUGUGUUAGAGUGCCGCAGUUAGAAUAAUUAAGAAGGAAUCGAUUUUGGCAGCACCCGAUGGCACUUUAAACACUUAGCUAUCUCAUUUACAUCUCCUCAGCAAACGGUAUCAUUUUUUUUCACCUGGUUUUAGCUUACGGUUGGUGUCACAUAAACCGCACCGCCAUCCCCUGACUUUUGGUGGGUUGGAGUGGGUGGGGGGGAAGAAGGGUGAAAGACGGUGCCCUUUCUGACCUGUUGGUCUCCUGGCAGUGCCGAAUGGCAUUUUCAUCAACACCAAACCGCAGUGCUAAUCGUUCUUCCUGAAGGAGUGCCUGAAACCGCGAGAUUACUGAGCAGUCUCUUGUAGAUCCACUGCAUUCCCCGAGUAUUUUAAAAAAGAUGCUCAAAUCCCAAUGCAAACUUACCAAUUGAUCACUCUCGAAGUGAUCCCAGCACACGCCAUUGACUGAAAGGAGAAUUGAUUCCCAUGUCACCAGCCAUAUCUGAACUUCGCACACUUUAAACUGGAUCUGUCAUGAUCGAGUCUUUUCAUGGGGCAUUCAGUACCUUGAUCCCUUGUCUUUGUUCCAUCCGCAGCCAAGAUUGUAGUCUCCCAGCUACGUUUUUUUAAUGUUAAAAUGUAAUUGUAAUGUUUUUAUUACCUGUGCUAUUUAUUGGCUGUAAAUGUUUGGGCCACAGCUUGAGUAUCAGGAAGAACCCGUUUAUCUCAUUUGUUGGUGGAAAAGUGCUUUCAAACUUCCCAUCAGAUUUGGUGAUGAUUCAUCCAUUGUCUUUGGUUACUUUGCUUGGGUUUGGUUGACUGGGAUAUGGAACAGCUGACAAGCUUGCCCCUUGUCUGUGUAUGGAUUGUAUUGCUAACAUCCUGCUUUUCCCUUUUCCUAAACCCUGAGUUGUGAAUGCAUUGGUGCUGCUAUUAGUUUGAUUGCACAGUUCAUCUGUAUGCACAGCUGUAUUAGGGCAGUAGUGUUAAUCGUAUCUAUAAUCUUUAUAUUUUUGUGUGAGGGAUGAGGGAGAGAUUCGAGUCCUUGCCACAUUGGGGUGAAUGGGGUUUUGCUGAGGAUUGGAUGCCACAUCUUUCUCAUGAAACAGUGCAGCUGUGCUGCUUAAGUUGGCCGUUUAAAUUUGUAAAGGAUAUCGCACUUUGAAAGGAAAAUUUAGUGUUGAGAAUUUCUGCCUUUUUGAAAGUAUGUCUUAUUUUAAAAAGAAAUCCAUAGCUGUGACUAAGAUGUUGCUAUAUUGAAUUAUUGCUGUUUAGUUAAUAUUGUAUGAUCCAGGGCAUAGCUCUCCCAUUAUUUCUUCCAACGAUAUUGCAGGGUGUGUUCAUAGUUUGCUUUCUCCUGUUUUUUGGGGACGGGAGAAUAAGAUUGAUUGCAUACGUAAUUUUUUUGUGCAUGGAAAAUUGUUAAGUUACAAAAACAAUUCUGACAAUUGCCUUUCGAGUCCUCCAUCUCCCCUCCCUGAUAACAGGCAGUUGCAGUAAUCAGUGUCUUAGGAUCUGCCGAAAUAAAACUCCCAUUCUUCAAGGAGAAACAAUCAGCAUUGCUUUGGAAUUUUCCUUUAAGAAACUAUCAAAAAGCUUUGGAUUUGAUCAAUCCAACAGUGUGUGUAUAUUGCACAGUGAAUUUAUUCUAUAAUAGAGAUUUUUUUUUUGGUAUUAAUGACUUUGAUGGGGGAGAGAAGUGGCUCCUCAUAAAAAAAUAGUUCUAGAAUUGCACGUAGCAUGCAACUUGCUUCUUGUAAUUUCUCAUUCUUCUACACCACUGUGGCUGUUUAAACGCGUAGAGCAGCUGCACGCUGCACUGGUCAGUUGCUGGUGAUUGCCUUUCUCUCCUGGCCAGUUGACUCACAGUCCAGGGAAGAAGUCCAACUGCCAGUAAUUCUGUAAAGAACUUGUCCUGUGCGUUUACGUUCAUCAUCACAACACCAAAUAAAGAAAAUGAGACUCAUGGAUUGUUUUGAGGGCCAUGGGGGGAGGGGGUAGCUUCAAUCCUUAUUCAGCAGUUUUAAUUUAGGGAAUAAUUUUGUUAGAGUAGCACACGUAAUUUGACCCAAGCUGUGUGCAUGGCAUGGGUCUUCAUCCUCUCCAUCUGUUGCACUGUUCCCGGGAUGUGGUGAUGCAUUCCCAACACAUCCUCUGGUUUAUUUCCCCCCUCCCUUUUUGUUCCCACAGAUUGCAUUCAUGCAACCCUCCACCCAUCUUCUUUCCCUCCUGCCUCCAUUAAAUCUCACCUUGCCCAUAAAAUGGGGUGGGCUUCGGGUGACCUAUUGCAUUGUCCCGUGUUGAACAAAGAGACAUUACAAAAAUCCAUCAUGAAGUGGGGUGGGAAAGAGAUUGAAUUACACUGUUUACACUUGCCUGCUGUGACUCAGAGUGAUGUCUAUUACUUUGCUGCACCAUGACAAAAUAUUCAUGAAAAUAAACAAUUUUGUUCUGUUUUAGUUGGAGUUUACAGGGUAUCAUUGGAAAAUUUGGUGCCAUGUAAACUGGGAUAAUUAAUCGCCAACAGUGUGAUGCAGAGAGUGUUAGUUAGGCAUCCUCCCCUUUCAGUGGAAAUAGCAGAGUGGUCUUGCCAAGGAUUCCUGCGUAGUUGGUUAUUGGUGCAGCAGACAGUUACACAGAGUGUAGUAAGGAGGCAGCAUAUCAGAACUGCUCAGGAGAAGUUGAAACUAUUUUUCAGUUGCAGACAAGUAACCUGUAUAUAAACCUUUACAAUUAUCACUCAACUAAUGUAGAAUUCGGCAACCAAGAAGGAAGAGAUUAAAAAAAAGAAACUUAUUCUAAUAGUACUGUGAAUUAUAUAUAUAUAUAUAAAUAUAUAAAAAUCUUAAAUUGCGUGGUUCCAAGGAUUUCUCAAUUUUUUAAAUAAAAUAAUCCUAAUGUUAUAUAAUGAACAAUUUAGAACAUUUACAGAAGAAUUUGCUGAUAUGUCAUACAUUAAGCAUGUGUGUAUUUUGAUAGGUUUUGCAGGAAAAAAAAUAUAUGGAGCUAGGUGGUCGGGAUAAUUGGUCUGUUUGGUAUUCGGAUGUCUGAUUUCCUACCGUGCCUGCCCCCGGUACCAGUUCAGUAUUGGUGCUAUCGGACUGUCGCUUCUUAUAUUGAUAAAUAUUGGUAAGGCAACCCUGUAGCACAUACAGUGGGAUGCCUGGCUCCCCAGAUAGGGCAGCAGAGGGUUUAACACUUGCAGACUUGGCUCACCUGCCAGUGUUUGGCUAAAAGCUUUUUUUUUUUAGGCAGACCACUCAAUGGGUUGCCAUAGGUAACUGGAUAAUCCAUCUAUUUUAUUUUUUGAGAUUGGGGAGGGGUUGUUGGGAGGGAAAGAGAAGUCUAACGCCAUUUUCUCUUCUGUGAACACACCAUUCCUGUUUAACAGAGUGGUUGGUUGGCCUUGUCCAAAAAUAAAAUCAUCAUCCAAACCAUCUUUACUGUGGAUUGAAGGUGGGUUCAGUAGCAGAGUGAUUUCUGUAGGGAUACGGCGUGUCUGUGUAGAAAAUGCAGUGUUGUCACUAGAAUUACUUGGCGUAAUGGUGCCAAUACACUAUAGGAAAAAUAAUAGUACUUCAAGCCAAUACAUUCUGUGAUGUUGUGUUCAUUCACCACUUAAAACUGUUCCCGUCUCUAUCAGCACUGAUUAGUAACUGGCAGUUAUGCACUUCACCCAGUAUUAUACAGCUUGGGUUGCAACCAGGGAGAGUGUUAUGUUUGAGAAGGCAGAACUUAGAAUUUCGCAAUGGUUUAAGUGGCCAAGAGUACAUUACGGUUUACUGCAAUGCUGGUGACAACACUGUAAUGUAUAAAUUACCUUUGACAGAAGUGAGAGAGAGAGAGGCAGGACUGACACACAAAAAAAUGAAUGUAUUUCAUUAUUUAAACAAAAUGGCCUGCAAAAUUUGUUUAAAGGGAUACUGACUUUUUACCAUAUUGGGAGAGGGAUGGGUGAUGGGGUUUGGGGGGGUGGGGGGUGGAGAAAUCAUCCCAUUAGUGGGUGCCAUUGCCUUUUAAUUAGAAAAUGAAAAUUCUGAACUAUGCAUUCUGUAACCAGGAUAGGUACUUAUUAAGAGAGGAAAAAUAAAAUCACUGGUUCAUUAACAAAUUGUGUUGCUCUAUGUAGUUUGUACAAAUAAGCUGGAGAGUUUCCAUUUCUUGAUCUGGCCAUAGUUGGUACUGUAACCCCAUCGCUGGAAUAAUAAGGGUGAAUUUUUUUAUAUAUCAGAGCAAAAUAUUAAAAAAAAAGUCAUUUCAUUGAAACUGAAACAAAAUGUUGUUCUAAUAGGUAUAUAUAUAAAUAAUUUUGAAUUUUGCUUUUAUCCGUGGUUUGUUUUGAGGAUGUGAUUGUGAUUGUGCAACACAGUUGCUUCAGUGGACUACAUAAUUUUUCUUGAGAAAAAAAAGAGAAUAAACAUGUGUUUGGCUGCUAAGCAUUA